AGUUACCUAUGUCAGAAAAGUCAUUAUGGGGGAGUCAGAGUAGUGCGCCGCGCACUUCAGUAAUGAGGCGCCGGGGCUGCCCUAGACUUCAUCGGGUGGCCCCUAUAGUCUUCGUGGCUGAAGAGAAGCCCCAGCGCCUGGCCCUGAGCAUGGGAGAGCCUGAAGGUCUGGUGCCCGGUUCAGGUGCUGUGUUUACAUUUGGAAAAACCAAAUUAGCUGAGAAUAUUCCUAGUAAGUUCUGGUUUAAAAAUGAUGUGCCUACACACCUUUCAUGUGGAGAUGAACAUACUGCCGUUGUGACAGGAAAUAAUAAACUUUAUAUGUUUGGCAGUAACAACUGGGGUCAGUUAGGAUUAGGAUCCAAGACAAUCAUCAACAAGCCAACAUGUGUCAAAGCUCUAAAACCUGAAAAAGUGAAAUAUGUUGCCUGUGGAAGGAACCACACCCUAGUUUCAACAGAAGAAGGCAACGUAUAUGCAACUGGAGGAAAUAAUGACGGACAGUUGGGACUUGGCGACACUGAAGGGAGAAACACUUUUUAUCCAAUCAGCUUUUUUACAUCCCAGCAUAAGAUUAAACAGCUCUCUGCUGGUUCCAAUACUUCAGCUGCACUGACUGAGAACGGAGAACUUUUUAUGUGGGGUGACAAUUCUGAAGGACAGAUUGGUUUAAAAAAUGUAACUAAUGUGUGCGUCCCUCAUCAAGUGACCAUCGGGAAGCCUAUUUCCUGGAUCUCUUGUGGGUAUUACCAUUCAGCCUUUGUAACAAUGGACGGUGAACUGUACACAUUUGGAGAAUGUGAGAAUGGGAAGUUAGGUCUCCCUGAGGAGCUGCUGAUCAAUCACAAAACUCCCCAGCUGGUGACUGGAAUUCCUGAGAAGGUGAUCCAGGUGGCUUGUGGUGGAGGACACACUGUGGUUCUCACGGAGACAAUUGUGUAUACAUUUGGACUCGGGCAGUUUGGUCAGCUGGGUCUUGGCACUUUUAUUUUUGAAACUUCAGAACCCAAAGCCAUCGAAUAUAUUAAAGAUCACAAAAUAAGUUCUAUUUCCUGUGGAGAAAAUCACACAGCUUUGAUAACAGAACUAGGCCGUAUGUAUACUUUUGGAGAUGGCCGAUAUGGAAAAUUAGGACUUGGACUAGACAAUUUUACUAAUCAAUUUGUCCCUACUUUGUGCUGUGAUUUUUUGAGAUUUAUGAUUCAGUUGGUUGCUUGUGGUGGAUGCCACAUGGUCAUUUUUGCUACUCCGCGACCUGGUUCGGCAAAUGAAUUUGUGUCAGAUGAACCAAAUUAUUCUUACUUUCCUUUAUCAUCUUCUCUACCUGUCAGAGAUUGGAUCUCAAGUAGUGUACUACAUAGGAACUUAUCAGCACGUGUGCGUCGAAGAGAGCGGGAGAGAUCCCCAGAUUGUGUUCAAAUGAUGAAUACAGUACAUCCAAUAGAAGAGACUGACCCUGCAUCUGGUAGUUUUCCCGUGAGUUUAGUUCCUUUCCACUUGUCUCAGAAUAACCAACCAGCGCAAACCAGAUCUGGAAGGGGUGAGUCAAAGUUGCCAGAUUAUUUUCAAGAUAAAAUGACCAGAGAGAGCAUGACAAAAAUUUCAUCUGCAGCAGAUUUGGAAAGCCUUGGAGAAACUAGUGAUAUUUUAAAUAUGACACAUAUGGUGAGCCUGAAUUCCAAAGACAAGUCAUUGAAAUUAUCACCAGUUCAAAAACGAAAGAAACAAGAAACAUUUGUGAAACUGAUGCAACCUACAACUCAGACUGGAAAGGAUGAUAAUGAAUAUGAAGAGAUGGCAAAAACGAAAGAAGGGAGGAUGUAUAAACAGCCUGUGGCAAAAGGGAUAUUCAUGAUGCAAGCAGCUGAAAGUAUGGAAGCAUUUUCAGAUGAGGAAGUAGAGAUCCCAGAAGAGCAGGAAGGAGUAGAUGAUUCAGAAGAAAGUGACCUAGAGGAGCAUGAGAUAGAGGCAACUGGGCAAAAUGUGGAGAUGCUUGAAGCCAGAAAGGAGGAUAAAGCAGAGAUCCUGUCAGAUGAUCUUACAGACAGAGCAGAGGAUCACAAAUUAUUAGAAACUGAGGAAGUGGAACCAGAAAGCAUGCAUGAGAAUAUUAACACUGAUAAUGAGAAUUCUAUAGGAGAUAAAGAAAGCACUCCUGCCAUUGACCAUGGUGAAGUUGAAGGGUUAGAAAGAACUUAUGAUAACUCAACUGAAGCCAUUGAAAAGGAUGAAAAAACCAAAGUAGAGGAAUGGGCCAUUUGUGACUAUAAUGAAAAUCUAAAAGGAAACAUGAAUGAUCAGGCACAGAGCAGUUCUCCAGAAGUACUGGAAAUGAAUGAGUCAAAGAGUAAAGAUAUAAAAAAACAAAAGAAGAUUUUCCUCUUUAAAAAAAUGCCAUUGACAAGUCAGAAAAAUAUGCAGGUUGGUGGUAAGCCUCUCCCAGAGAUAAAACCAUUAGGAGAUCAAAUAGCUUAUAAAAGGAACACCAGCCAGGACCACGUGGAGCCACAUAAUCAGAAUACUUCACCACCAAAUAUGGAGAGGUCAAAAUCUUGCGUCAUUCUUUGAAUACAAGGCUUUUGUGGUUAUUGAGUGUAUUGUCAUUUAUACUUGAAAAAUGUUACAACUUCUGAGAAAAGUUCUUAAUAACAGACUUUUUGAAGGUAUAAGUUGUUUCAUUUGGUUUAAACACUAUGACCAGUUUUGAUAUUUAUUUAUGCUAAAAUUUUUGACAAGCAGUUUCAAAAUUCACGUGUCUCAAACUCUAAGUGUUGUGGCCUUAACUGUUCAGUGUUGUGACAAAAAUAUAUUUUUAUAUGUGAAAAUUGAGUUACAAUAUUUCACAGUUUUUACUAUACAUUGUUACUUCAUAAGACAAUAUUUGCAAUCUCAUGACACUGCAGUAGUUUUUAAUGCAUUUGCAGUUUUUUAAAAACUGAGACAACACUGUUUGCAAUGAGCAUAUUUUUAAUAAACUUUAUCUGGUCAGUUCUCUUAAAAUGAAUGAGUGAGAAUUAAACAUGGAAGUAUUUGGAGUUACCAAUUGGCAAAAUGGAGAAAACACAUAUAAUUUUAAAAUAUUGAAGGAUGCAAAAUGCAUAGGCUCCUGACUGAAGAAAUCAUUAAUGCAAAGUCGUAAAUAGUACAUCUUUGUGGAGGAACUGAGUGUGGAAGUUUCUUUGCUUCCCUCUCCUUUCUUUAGGAAGGUGAAAACAUUACAGAUUGUAUGGGGUGAUCCAAAGUAUUUGGCUGUGCCACAGAUUGCAUCAUAGGAGAUGCAGACAGCCAAGCUUCUUCAUUUCAACUGUUUCUAGCAUUGAUGGUGGUAACCAAGUGUGGCUCAAUCACACAGAACAUUGCCACAAGGGACAGGAAGGACAAAGCUAUCAAGUCUACUUGGAUAGAAACAUGGCUUGCCUUUCUCAUAGGUGCUACUUAGGUAAUGCAGCCAACUACCUUCGUUUUCCCUAUUUUAGCUCAAUAACAAAACACUAUUCUUUAAUCACAGUGUCUAUUACUCCUUUCAAACAAAAAAGAAAUCCAUCUUUCUGUUUCAUAAACAAGGUUUAUAAGGAUGUUAGUCCAAAGUAGAUGUAAGUCUGAAUUCUUAAAAAAUAGUCUUCUGUGUAAAUAUUACAUUCAGUACAAUUCUAAUUUUAUUAAAGGUGAAUACAAUAAAAUUUUUGGCAAGUACAACUAUGGUAGUAGAACAAUAUUGCAAAACUACUUUGCCAAAAUAUAAACUGUAGGAGCCCAGUGGAAGUAAACCUCACAAACGGUACUAAGGCAUGCCAGUUUUCAUAGGCAGAAUUUUAAGAUGGCCCUCAAGGUUCUACCUGCUGAUGCCCAUGUGCCUUUAAUAAUUCUUCCCCCACAUUUUAAAAAUUAUUUUAUUUAAAUUGUUUUUGUUAACAUACAAUAGUUGUACUUUUUAUGGUGUGCAGUGCAAUCGUUAACACAUACACACAACAUAAACCAAUGAUACCAGGCAACUGACUUUUCCAUUUCCUUCUUUCCUUUGUCUUUGGAGCCUACUAGCUCCCCUCUUCCUCCAGUACUUUUUUAUAUAGUGGAUAGCACGUUAUUGUGAACUAUAGUCAUCCAACUGUGCUAUGGAACACUGGAACUUAUUACUUCUCUCUGAUAGUGUUUUGGUAUUUGUUAAUCCAACCUCCUUGUAUUCCCCACUUCCCAACCUUUGGUGAUCACUAUUCUGAGUUCAGGUUGACUGUUGUUUUAAACUUCCAUAUAUGCAAGAGAACCUACAGUAUUUGUCUUUUU